CAACAAAAAGUUUAUUGCUGGGAUGUGUAUGAAGAAGGAAUUCCCCACUGCCUGAAGGCAGAUGGUCUUACAUCUCUGCCCUAUGACAUCUGCUUCUCUUUCACUAAGUAUGCAGAGAUAACCUACACUGCAACCACAGGAUUGAUAGAACUGGAACUGAUACAAAUAGCAGAGUGUAAGAAAAAUUUUACUUGCAUAGAGGAUAUUAGCCGCCUGUCACAUGUGCAUCAAUCAGUCACGUCAGAUUAUGUUCAGAAACAUUGGAAGGACGAUGCUUUCUUUGGCUACCAGUUUCUAAAUGGCGUCAACCCCAUAUUGAUCCGACGCUGUACAGCACUGCCAGACAACUUUGGUGUCACUGAUGAAAUGGUUUUUUCCAAUGGUCAACAUAAUUUGGCAGAGGAAAUGAAGAAGGGCAACAUCUUCCUGUGUGACUACAAGCUUUUGGAUGGAGUGCAGGCAAACACCAUCAAUGGGAAGCAACAGUUCUUGAUGGCUCCACUUGUUCUGCUCCAGAAAACUAAUGAUGAUAAGCUGAUGCCGAUUGCUAUUCAGCUGAAGCAGAAACCAGCAGAGGACAACCCGAUCUUUCUUCCUACUGAUUCAGAAUACGACUGGUUGUUGGCCAAGAUCUUUGUGAGAAGUGCAAACUUCAACCUUUAUGAACUUAAUGCUCACCUGCUGCGCACUCACCUGCUGGCUGAGGUUUUUGCAAUGUCAGUGUUCCGUAACUUGCCCAUGGUUCACCCUCUGUACAAGCUCCUCAUACCUCACACUCGCUACACUCUAAACAUCAACUUCUUAGCUCGGAAACUGCUAAUAUCUAAGAAUGGAUUUUUCAGUCAGUUUACAGCUUCUGGUGGAGAGGGUGUUUUCACAAUCCUGAAGAAAUCGCUGUCCUCGCUGACCUACAGCUCCCUCUGUAUCCCCGAUGAUAUUGCAGAGCGUGGGCUGAAAGAUGUGCCAAACUUCCACUACAGGGAUGAUGGACUGAAGCUCUGGGACAUCAUACACAGAUUUGUGAAGGGCACACUCAGCUUCUACUACAAGACUGACGUUGAGGUCGAGCAAGACUCUGAACUGCAGGCCUGGAUUAAGGACAUUUUUCAAUAUGGAUUCCUUUCACUAGAGAGCACUGGAAUUCCACAAAAAUUCACCACUGUGGAUGAGAUGGUCAAGUUUGUCACCAUGGUGAUCUUCACUUGCUCUGCUCAGCACUCAGCUGUCAACUCUGGACAGUAUGAUUUUGGUGCCUGGAUGCCCAACAGUCCUACCUCCUUGCAGCUUCCUCCACCAACAAAAAAGGGGAUAGCAACUGAGAAAACAAUGCUGGACUGCUUCCCCAGUGUUAACACAACAGUGCAUGGCUUGGCUGUGAUGUGGCUACUCAGCAAGCAGUCCUCUGACCGUGUCCUUAUUGGCCAGUACCCAGAGAUGCGUUUCACUGAGGAGUUUCCUCUCCAGAAGAUAAAGGAAUUUCAGGAAGAGCUCAAAAAGCUGAGUGCAGACAUCAAGACCAGAAACUCAAGUUUGGACCUGCCAUAUAUAUACUUGGAUCCAGAUGUGGUCGAAAACAGUGUGUCCCUGUGAAUAUUAGAAUGCAGCUCCUCCUUCUUCUUCAGAUUCAGAUUAAUAAAAAGAAGCAAAGAGGAAAGCAUCUGGUCUGAAUCAUAACUAGUUCUGAUGAUUUAUCUUUUGUUAUUAGUCAUCAUUUUUAAUCUACUUUUUUAGUUUAUCAGUGAGUACAAGGAAAGGGAAUAGACCCAGAAGUUUUUGAGUGAAUAUGGUCUGCUUUGGUGUGGGUUUUUUUUAAUUUGUCUUAAAACAUGAAUUAAUCUUCUUUUUUAUUUUGCUUGAUUACUAUUGUAGCAUCUCUUUCAUCUUUAGAAAGGGGGCGCAUGGAAAAGCUUGUGGUCUGAUUUAUAAUUGAUUCUAAUGAUUGAAUUUGUCUUUUACAAUGUAAAUACAAUUUAAAUCUCAGUUUUUUUUUUAAUGAGAAAGGAAAUAGGUGAGGUUCUUGAAUAUUCUUUUCUUUUUUUGUCUGUGUAAAUUAAUUGAUCUGUUUUUUUUCUUUUUACACUGUGUUGUGUGCUUAGUGUUAGUAGCUUUCACUAACUGCUGAGUUCAUCUACUGUGAAUGCUGAUAUUAAAAAACGAGUCAAACAAAUAUUUUAAUUCUUUCAAACAGGAAAAUGAAUCAUUUAUUGUACUCUAUUUUGGCAAAGCUACACACAGACACUCUGAGCCACCAGUGUCUAUAAUACGUUCCUUCAUUUAAUCACCUUAAUUAUUUUAUUGUACUGAUGAGAAAAAAAACUGUCUUUCUGCCACAUUGUGAUCAUGUUGAAACAUUAAAAUUUAAAACUUAAA